CAAAGAUGGCGCCGACGAGGGUAAACGUACUCGGAUUUGUUCUUGUUACUCUCCAAUUUUGUAAUUUACAAGAGGCUAAGACUUUCUCAUUUCCUGAAUACCCAUACAAAGAAACUUCCAAAAAUGAAUUAUUAUUCAGAGAAUUUGAGCAGGCUUGUGAAGAAAGUGGAACAUGUAAAAGCCUUACACAAGAAAGAAAUUCUGCAGCAAAAACACGUUGUAUACGAGAAUGUGUAUCGUCUUCAUGUUACAAAGAAAUUUAUCUUUUUGACCAACUCGAAGAAGGAGAGAUAGACGUAAGACUGAAUUCCUUCAAGGGUUGUUUUAUGCAACGAAGUGGGCGUCCCAGAAAAAAGUAAUCGAUUUUUUCGAGCUUGUUGAAUAUUACAAAUAAGAGUUGUAUAUUUCUAAAUAUAGUCAUAAGUUUUUCACGCCAGUCAUUUUUAGAUAUUGCUAAAUUUCUUGAACUCUCGCAAGUAACGUUAAACUAGUUUUAAUCACCAGUUAGACGAAAUAUCUCGAUGUUUUCAUACUUUAAAUAAACAUUCAGAUACAUUUUAAA